AUGAUUCAUAAGUUUAGCAUUGUUGAGUUUUAUCAACCAAACAAGUCGGCCAUUAAGGAGGAACACUUGCCGAGUAAGAGAGGAAGAAAGACAAGAGUACCAAAGAGAGGUGAGAUGAGAGUUGUAUCGACAGAUAAAUUGAUUCAGCAGGUGCCUUCAUCGAAUGGUCAAGGAUCACCACUGACAAGUAAUUCGAAAGGUGCAAUGAGUCAAAUGGUGAAUGCUCCUUAUUCUGGUGGUGACUGUAAUCUUUCGAAUAGAAUUCCACAAAAUGAACAAGUUUCUAAUGUAAAUAGAGGUAAAGAUAUAGAACGACCAAUCUCACUGAAUUUUCCAUUCAAUUACACAAUGCACGCAAAACAGAAAGAUAUUUCAAUGCCUCUCAUUCCAACAAUUCCUAAAAUUGAAAAGACAAGCAAGACGAAAACUCACCAUCCUCAAAGAGCUGAAACUUCAUCACUUCAAAGGAAGAUUAUCAGAACUUCAAUUUCAAUUCAAGAAUUAUUGAAUUAG